GCCUCCUCUCCUCUCCCCUCCCCUCCCUUCUUCAUCUCUUCUCCUCACAAGGCUUCCUCCCACCACCUCCAGUCCUCCACCGGACCACCACCUCCAGUCCUCCACCGGACCACCACCUCCACCACUCCUCUCUCAGAACACGCGCAAACCGCUCGAACCCUAGCUGGUGGCGGGAGGCGGAGGUGGCUCCGGGAUGACGCGGCGGUGCUCGCACUGCAGCCACAACGGGCACAACUCGCGGACGUGCCCCAACCGCGGGGUCAAGAUCUUCGGGGUGCACCUCACCGAUGGCUCGGCCAUCCGCAAGAGCGCGAGCAUGGGGAACCUCUCCCUCCUCUCCGCGGGAUCCACCAGCGGCGGCGCGUCCCCCGCCGACGGGCCCGACCUCGCCGACGGCGGCGGGGGCUACGCCUCCGACGACUUCGUCCAGGGGUCGUCCUCCGCCAGCCGCGAUCGAAAGAAAGGUGUUCCUUGGACUGAAGAAGAACACCGGAGGUUUUUGCUGGGAUUACAAAAGCUCGGGAAAGGGGAUUGGCGAGGAAUUUCUCGUAAUUUUGUGGUCUCAAGAACACCUACUCAAGUAGCAAGUCAUGCUCAAAAGUAUUUUAUACGCCAAUCAAAUAUGAGCAGAAGGAAGAGAAGGUCUAGCCUUUUCGACAUGGUUCCUGAUGAGUCCAUGGACCUUCCGCCCCUUCCUGGAAGUCAAGAACCAGAGACCUCAAUGUUAAAUCAACCGCCACUGCCUCCUGCUGUGGAGGAGGAGGUGGAAUCGAUGGAGUCAGAUACUUCUGCUGUCGCAGAGAGUUCUGGAGCUUCUGCUCUCAUGCCCGAGAGUUUACAGCCUACCUAUCCGAUGAUUGUUCCAGCUUAUUUCUCGCCGUUCUUGCAAUUCUCAGUUCCUUUCUGGCCAAAUCAGGAAGAUGGAGGCGAUCUUCCCCAAGAAACACACGAGAUUGUCAAGCCUGUUGCAGUUCAUUCCCAGAAUCCAAUUAAUGUUGAUGAACUCGUGGGCAUGUCAAAGCUAAGCAUAUGGGAGCAUGGUCAGGAGACAGUGUCUACUUCUCUGUCGCUAAAUCUGCUAGGGGGUCAAAAUAGGCAGUCGGCUUUCCAUGCAAACCCUCAAACAAGAGCUCAAGCCUGAUCAUCCCCUACCAGCACAGAAACUGCAUUUUAGAUGGAAUCCUGGGCAAAAUAAGCUUUGCUCUUUUUUCUUCUUCUAAAUUUAAGAUCACUGAGUCAUAAGGUCACUGGUUCGAAGUAGCUUCUCCGUAUUUGCGGGGAAAGCCUGCCCUGGUUUCUCUCCUUCAUCAGACCCCACUCAUAUGGGAGCCUUCAAUAUUGUCUUUUUUAUAUAUUUAAGAUUGACCGUGCUCGGUAGCUUGUAUCAUGUGCUGUAAGUUAUGCUAUGUAUGAAUGUACCUGUAGUUUGUAUGGCACGCAUGGUAUGCCACUCUUAUGUUAGCAAAGUCAUUAAUGUUAGUGCUGAUCUUUAUGGUUGUAAUUUUAUAAACUUCUAAAAAAAAGUAUAAGCCAGUUCUUUUC